AUGACAAUUUUGACGACAGAGAUCGAACCCCAGUCACUGAAAAAGCUCAGUCUCAAAUCUGUGAAGCGAGCCCGUGAUCUCUUCUCCCCCGUCCGUGACCAAUUCGCUCCGCCUGAUUCAGAAAGCAAAAGAAUUCGACUCUGUCAUAAGAUUGAAGUUGCAUUUGGAGGUGUAGAAGCCGUGAGUAAGCAGCCUGCACGUAGGGCUGACCAUAACAAUGAAAAGAUAGCUCCAUCGAACGCUCUUGCCCUUCCAUGUCCAGAAGGGUCCAAGGAACUUCAAAAGGGUGCAACAGAGAAAGCUUUAGUUGUUGGUCCAACUUUACCGUCUAGAAGCUUGAACAACACUGGUCACACAGGCACAAGCACCGCCAUUCUUCCUGCAUCUGGAUCUUCAUCUGCAAGAAAUCUGUCCACUGCUGCUUUAAUGGAAAGAAUACCAAGUAGAUGGCCUCGUCCAGAGUGGCAUGCACCAUGGAAGACCUACAGGGUGAUCCAGGGACACUUGGGUUGGGUUAGAUCUGUUGCAUUUGACCCAAGCAAUCAAUGGUUUUGCACUGGUUCAGCUGAUCGUACCAUUAAGAUAUGGGAUGUAGCGAGUGGAGUUUUGAAGCUCACGCUUACUGGACAUAUUGGGCAAGUACGAGGCCUUGCUGUAAGCAACAGACAUACCUAUAUGUUCUCUGCUGGUGAUGACAAGCAAGUCAAAUGCUGGGACCUAGAGCACAAUAAGGUUAUCCGAUCUUAUCAUGGUCAUUUGCAUGGCGUCUACUGUUUAGCUCUUCAUCCAACUUUGGAUGUUUUACUAACCGGAGGGCGAGACUCUGUCUGCAGGGUAUGGGAUAUCCGUACGAAGAUGCAAGUUUUUGCACUCUCGGGACAUGCCAGUGACGUUUUCUCCGUUAUCGCCCGUCCGACUAACCCACAAGUUAUUACCGGAUCUUCAGAUUCAACCAUUAAAUUCUGGGACCUCCGAUAUGGUAGGACAAUGACGACUCUAACGAAUCAUAAGCAUAAUGUCCGAGCAUUGGCUCUCCAUCCGAAAGAGAAUGCUUUUGUUUCUGCAUCAUCUGACAACAUCAAGAAAUUUAGCCUUCCUAGGGGAGAGUUCUGCCACAACAUGCUCACUCAUCAGAAAGCCACGAUUAACGCAGCGGCUGUGAACGAGGAUGGAGUACUGGCCACAGGAGGUGAUUCUGGAGGCUUAUAUUUCUGGGACUGGAAGAGUGGUCACAAUUUCCAGCAAGCAGAAACUAUUGUACAGCCUGGUUCGCUGGAGUGUGAAGCCGGUAUAUAUGCAGCGUGUUACGAUCAGACCGGUACAAGAUUGGUAACGUGUGAGGCAGACAAGACAAUAAAGAUGUGGAAGGAAGAUGAGAAUGCGACCCCUGAAACUCAUCCUCUCAACUACAAACCUCCCAAAGUCAUCAGACGCUUCUAA